AUGAAAACGAUUUUGUCAUCAGUUAAUGGAAGAUUUCGCUCGAAAAACGCGAACGAGUUUGUGAGUUGUGAUGAGAGUAGAACGAUGAUAAGAGAUGAACUUCAUAACGUUAUCAAUCCCACCUCAGAUCUUAAUUCAUCGAAACUUUCUUCAAAGAAUCAGUCACUCGUUGCCAUAAGCAACAGCAGCAGCGGCAUCAUCCCACACCAUACAACGAUUUAUGUCAACAUGAAUUUAUCACUUGUUGCAUUAAAACCUUUUCGCGAAGUGAAUGGAGAUGAAAGAUGGUAA